ACCAUGAGCGCACUCCUGAUCCUCGCCUUUGUGGGGGCCGCUGUUGCUUUCCCCGUUGAUGACGAUGACAAGAUCGUCGGCGGCUACACCUGUGAGGAGGGUUCUGUCCCCUACCAGGUGUCCCUGAACUCCGGCUCCCACUUCUGCGGUGGCUCCCUCAUCAAUGACCAGUGGGUGGUGUCUGCAGCUCACUGCUACAAGUCCCAAAUCCAAGUGAGGCUGGGAGAGCACAACAUCGAAGUCCUGGAGGGGAACGAACAGUUCAUCGACUCGUCCAAGGUCAUCCGCCACCCCAACUACAAUUCCCGGACCCUGGACAAUGACAUCAUGCUGAUCAAGCUGUCCUCGGCCGCUGUCAUCAACUCCCGGGUGUCCACCGUCUCCCUGCCCAGCGCCUGUGCUGCCGCGGGCACCGAGUGCCUCAUCUCCGGCUGGGGCAACACCCUGAGCUCCGGCUCCAACUACCCGGACCUGCUGCAGUGCCUGAACGCACCCCUGCUGAGUGACUCCGACUGUCAAGCCUCCUACCCCGGGGAGAUCACCAAGAACAUGGUCUGUGCCGGCUUCCUCGAGGGCGGCAAGGAUUCCUGCCAGGGUGACUCUGGAGGCCCCGUGGUCUGCAAUGGAGAGCUCCAGGGCAUCGUCUCCUGGGGCUAUGGCUGUGCUCAGAAAGGCAAACCUGGUGUCUACACCAAGGUCUGCAACUACGUGGAUUGGAUUCAGGAGACCAUCGCUGCCAACAGCUAAAGCCCCCCAGUCCCUCCGUGGUCACA